UCGGCUUAGCAGCUGUCAGCGACAAAAAUAUUGAGGUUAUGUCAAAACCAGCUGAGAUUACAUCGUUGCUUCAUAGAAAUUUCAUGAGGGUCAUGUCUUUGGGUUCAUUUGGAAAAAUUGCAAUUUGUUGGGGUGUCAUUACAUUUGUUGGUGUGUCUGGAUUUAUUUUGUCGAAGAAUUCUGUAGAUAAGCGCCGUUAUCAGGACAUGCAAAUACGUGAACGCAUGCGAAAAUCGAAUACUGGUGAAUACGAAAAAGUCGGUGAUAGAAGCUUCACUGGUUAAGUUAAAUAGCCAACCAUUUGCAAUACAACUUUGUUGCCCGGCAACUACCAGCUCCUUGAAACUAGCACGUAUAGUGUGUAAUUAACAACAAACUCUCCCUAA